UCACCACACCCCGAUCGAGAGAGAGACUCUGGAGCGCAGAGGCGGCAGCCAGAGACCACAGUAGCCAAGCCACUGGAGACUCAUCACUGGAGAGUAGAGCAUCCGGAGCCGAGCCGCCCCCAGUGCCUCUGCUCGCACCACCGCUCCCGAUUCCCAACCCCACGCCAGCCUCCGUCCUUCUCCGCCGCCGAAGGGGCGCCGCACCGUCUCCAGGCAUCGAUCUCUCCCGGACCCGCCCCGCCGCUGGCCGUGCCCCUGCGCCUCCUGUGGCUGGAGAUCCAUCCGGCCGGAGUGGCAUUCCUGCUCUUGGUUAAUAAGUAUUCUGGAAUGUUUUUCCGAGCUGAAAUAGAGAACUUCUGGAGCUGGAUAUCAAUAUUCUGUUAGGGACAUGCUCCAACCAAGGGAAGCUGAUGUGCCUGCACUCUUUCUUGUCUUCAUUGUACUUCCCGUGGUAGCUUAUUUUCUUCUUGGGAGAUGGCAUGAUGCUGCAAGUAAGAAGGCAAGGGUAAGUGUGCUUGCACAUCGAGCUGCAGAAGAAGCCUAUAGAGAGGAAACAAUGGCAUGCCCAGACAUUAUUCCGCCAGGGCCUUCCUUGAGAACUAUGCCCUAUUUCAGACCUGCACCUUCAUUAAGACAGGAAUACCAUGAAUGUGCAACUUGCCAUGCCCCUGCAAAGACUCGUUGCUCCAGAUGCAAGUCUGUUAGAUACUGCUCUGGGAAGUGUCAAAUAGUACACUGGAGACAAGGACAUAAGGAAACAUGCCAAAAAUGGCUUGGUAGUGGUUCUAGCAGCUUUGGUGGAUCUAGCACUGAGGCUACUGAGCAGAUGCCGUUCUUGACUAACUUAAAUUCACCUCUUCCGGGUGGUGACAUUCACUUGCGUGACAUGAACUUUGAUACUUUAUCAGAACCAUCCUUUCCCACAACUGAUGGCUACAAUCUAGAUACUGAUCCAUUUCCGGCAGACAGAAGCAACAUGGAUAGAUCAAAUCAAGGGAUUCAUAUGAGCGAAAAUGGUGCUGUUGGUGUAUCUUUUGAAAAGAAUAAUUAUAAUGCUGCUGAUGAAAUCCACUCUCCAGAGAUUUUAUCUGGCAACAAGGUGUCAAACAACUAUUUUGGUUCAGAUGCAAUAAGUGGUAAUGGGGAUGCAACUUAUCCUGCCAAAAGUAAUGCACAUCAACCUAGCAGUUGUGCUCCUGACAUGAGAAAACAGUCAAAAGCAAGCAUCACAGUUUAUCAGCCUGACACGGGUGUCUAUUUAACUUCUGACAUGGUCAGUUCUUGUGAGGGGUCAUAUGUUUCUGCCAGUGAGCCACUGCAAAGGAGCUUGUCGUCUGGAAGAACUAUUGGGAAAGCAAAUGUGGUGAAUAAGAGGCCCCCACACCCAUCAAGUAAGGUGGUCUCAGCACAGAAGUCACAGGAUAGGGUGUCUACAUCAUAUCAAAACGAUGGUCAUGAGAAGAAUCCUUACAACAAAAAUGAACAAAGAUCUACCCCCACAUGUGAAUCAAGUCAACCAACAAGUAGCAAUCUACAAAAGUUUGGAGCAUCCAAGGUUGAAGUUUUAAAGAAGCCUUCAAAAUUUCUCAAAACCAGCCUUGUGGGAUUGAUCAAUGAUAAUAAGAGGAACAAGGUAUUGUUCCCAUAUGAAGAUCUUGUCAAGUUUUUUCAGUAUGAAGCACGGGGUAUUUCUCCUAGAGGUCUUUUCAAUUGUGGAAACAGCUGCUAUGCUAAUGCUGUUCUUCAAUGUCUCAUGUGCACAAAGCCACUGAUGAUCUACCUUCUUCUGAGAUUGCAUUCUAAAGAUUGCUCUUCAAAAAAUUGGUGCCUUAUGUGUGAACUUGAGCAAUAUGCUUCAACUUUACGUGAAAGUGGUGGACCCUUAUCUCCAAGUAGAAUUCUUUCUAAUCUGAGGAAUAUUGGAUGUCGCUUGGGUGGUGGAACUCAGGAAGAUGCUCAUGAGUUUUUAAGGCAUCUUGUGAUGUCUAUGCAAGCAGCUUGCUUGGAUGGGCUGGGUGGUGAGAAGCACGUUGAACCAAGUUUGCAGGAAACAACACUGAUACAACAGAUGUUUGGUGGCCGUCUUAAAUCCAAGGUUAAGUGCCUCAGAUGCUAUCACGAGUCUGAAAGAUAUGAGAAUAUAAUGGAUCUUACUUUGGAGAUUCAUGGCUGGGUAGAGUCCUUGCAAGAUGCUUUGACACAGUUCACUGCUCCUGAAGAUUUAGAUGGUGAUAAUAUGUAUAAAUGUGGAAGGUGUUCUGCCUAUGUUAAAGCUAGGAAGCAACUGAGUGUGCAUGAGGUGCCAAACAUAUUGACACUUGUUCUUAAAAGAUUUCAGUCAGGAAAAUAUGGCAAGAUCAAUAAAUGUGUUACUUUCCCUGAUAUGUUGGACAUGGUUCCUUUCGUGACUGGAUCUGGUGACAAUCCCCCUCUUUAUUUCUUGUAUGCCGUGGUUGUACAUGUGGAUACAGAAAAUGCAUCAUUCUCUGGGCACUAUAUAUCUUACGUCAAAGAUAUGCAGGGUACAUGGUUGAGAAUUGAUGAUUCAGAGGUCCAGGUUGUAUCAGUGAAUCAAGUUAUGUCAGAAGGUGCAUAUAUGCUUUUCUACUUGAGGUCUUUUCCCCGACCACCAAGAAUAUACAUUGAGAAGGGGCUGCCCGUUACCUCUGUAAAGCGUCACACUUCAAAAUCUUCCAAGGGCUCUAAACAUGAGCGCAAGCAGACUUCUGCAAAUGAUCAAGCAUAUGGGGUUUAUGAUUUUAGACCCGAUGGCGAAGGCUACAUGCAAGAUCAUCAUGCAGAGUUGAGAUCCAGAGAUUUCCAUCAUGCCGAUGAUGCCUUUGCAGACUCAGUUAGCACAGACUUCUCGGAAGCUACCUCAAGUGAGUGGUCGUUGUUUACCAGCUCUGACGAGUCCUCAUUUACCACUGAAAGCACAAGAGAUUCAUUCAGUGUUGUGGAUUAUGGAGACAACGCUGGCCUGGAUCCAAUUUCCUCUAUAUUUGGGCCAAGUUAUGCUCCGGAGCACCCUCCUGGCAAUUUCGUCUCAUGUACAAGGUUCUCACCUUCCAAUCCACAAACAAGGUACUUCUCAGAGAGCACAGGCUUCGUCUCGGACUCUUCCAUGCCGGCCCACCCUAGCGGCAUUGUACAUAGAGGAAGGUAUCCAGAUAGGGCAUGUGCCUCUUCAGCCGAACCGCUCGCUUCGGCGCAUCAGCGGAGUGGGUACGGUCGGUAUCCCCUUAGUCGAGAUGGUUUUGUUCAAACAUCUGGGUUUUGCCAAAUGUAAUCGGCUUACAUUUCAUUUCAUAGUUGUAGCUGGUGCUCGGCAGCUGCGGUUAGCACUGCCACUAAUGCUGCCUCAUGUCCUUUUAUUUCUGAUGAGGCAUAUUAAAUUUUAGCUGCAUACCAUUCCUAGGGGUAGCUCGAUUCAAUGUAGCGAAAAAAAUAGAUUGUCUAUAUGCAGGCGGAAUUUUAGAGCAAGGUGACAGGCCUUGUGGUGGCCAUUGUUCAAGUAAAACCGGUUCGAGCACUGCUUAAAAUUA